AUGGUUCACGCAAAGUUGAUUGCCACGAUUUUCACUGUGUUGGCUGCAGCAUCAGUUGGCCAUGCAACAGUCAUUGAUGUCCUGAACGAACUUGGCCAAGAAACCAUCUUGAGCCUCUUGGACCAAACUGGACUGACUGAGGCCUUGCAAGGACCUGGACCCUUCACAGUGUUCCUGCCCAAACAAGAGGUGUUUGAUAGUCUGCCUCAAGAAGUGAUUGAUGCCAUCACCAGUGACCUGGACCUGCUCAGAGAGGUACUUUUGUAUCAUGUGGGAGAUGGGGAAUUCCCAUCAUCUGCUCUAAGCAAUGAGCUCUUGUUGCCAACACUCCAAGGAAGUCAAUUGCGCGUCAACCUGUAUGAUGUUGCUGGUACAACAAGAGAAGCUAGUACAUUCAACAUUCCCACUCAAGACUUUGUUGGCACCCUCUCUUCUUUGCCUGGGGCCACAUUUGAGGCUUUGACUACGGCUGCCAUUGGUGCUAACCUCCUGGAGACCAUCCAGGGUGCCACUGAUGUGACUCUGCUGGCCCCACUGGACUCAGAGAACUUCUCUGUGGACAUUGUCAACUCUUUGCUGGAAGACCCAGAAGCUGUGGCUGCGAUUCUCUUGGACCAUGUUGUUGAUGGCUCCAUCUUCUCCAUUGGCAUUGGGGAGAGCAAGACUUUCACCACCCUCAAUGGAAACAACUUGGUUGUGUCCUUCACAGCAGACAAGGGCUACGUCAUCAGUGACGAGGCUNCUUUACUUUAUAUCCACACAGACAAGGGCUACGUCAUCAGUGACGAGGCUGGCAACGAGUUGGCCGAUCUUGUGGCCGGCGAUGUCCCAACAACGCAAGGAGUGUUGCAUGUGUUGGACAGGCCCAUCCUGGUCUAA